AUGGCGGUGCUCAGUCUUGUGUCUGCCACCACGGUGGCCUAUCUUUCUUUAUCAUUUGUUGCUUAUUGGAUCAUCUAUUGUCGCACACUCCAUCCACUUGCACGUGUGCCUGUGUACCGCAUGCUCCGAGGCGGCUUGGAAGUCGCACAGAACAAACUUCAUAAGAAAUACGGCCAGCUCAUAGGCAUUGUUCCAGAAGAAGUGAGCUGCGCUGAUGCAAGCGUGAUCCCUCUUAUCUACUCUUCACAUAGUCCUCUGCCAAAGACCGACUGGUACCAUAUCUUUACUCCUACCGGUCUCGGUGAAAAUGCCGAUCUCUUCAGCAAAACGAAUGAGGAGAAACAUACAAAGCACCACAAGAUUGUGUCGCCAGCCUAUCAGAUGAGCAGUGCCCUGAGAAACGAAACUGCGAUUGACGAAUGCAUCACGCUAUUCACGAAACGCAUGAGAGAGCUCGCUGCAAAGAAAGAAGCAAUCAAUCUAGGCUCUUUCCUCAACUUCUACGCCCACGACGUCAUUGGCUUCGUCCUCUUCGGCCACCGCUUUGGCUACCUCGAGGCCGGAGGCGACGUAGGCUCUUUCCUCAACGCAUUAGACAAGGCCGUACCCUUCAUAUACGUCAUUGCCGCCGUACCAAACUACAUACGCAAGGUGCUCAUGUUCCUUUCCAUCUUCAUCCCCGGCACCGUCGGACACCUCCAAGCAAUCCAAGCCAUCAGCGACGCCGCAAAGGAACAAACCCAACUCCGCAUGGAGCGCUCCACCCAGGAAAAAAAUCUCCAGCUGCGCAUCGUCGAAACAGGCGGUGCCGACAAGGGCUUCACACACCGCGACGUCACGCUCGAGUCCUGGGCGGGCCUCAUGGCAGGCUCCGACUCGAUCAACCCACACUGCAUUCGCCUCGUGGUCCAGGAAAUCAAGUCGCAAGAACACGUCCUCAGCACCCCGGUUACCUACAAUGAAACGGUAAAGCAUCUCCCCUACUUUGGCGCUUGUAUCAAGGAGGCUCUGCGCCUGUUUCCUACCGUCGGCUUUAGCUUGCCUCGUGUCUCGCCGCCGCAGGGUAUCUUACUGAAGGGUCAGCGUAUCCCCGCGGGCUACGUUGUCGGCGUCAAUCCGCAUACGAUACAGUACAAUCCCGAGGUUUUUGGCAACGACGCAACAGAGUUCCGCCCGGAGCGGUGGCUCGAGAGCCAGGCUAUGAAUUUUGAGAUGAUCUGUGUCGGCAAGGAUAUUGCAUUGGUAGAGAUGUACAAGUUUAUUCCAGAGAUACUGCGCAAUUUCGAGAUACAUAUGGCACAUGAUGGUCCUUUGAAGACGUGGAAUGCGGUAUUCAUAAGGCAGCAUUGUCUUAUCACGCGUAUUGCAGAACGAGUUUGA